AUGUCUGCAUUAAAGGACUGGGCUAUUAAGUUGGAUAACCCAACAAUCAGCGUGUUACCUCAUGAUUUUUUAAGACCACAACAGCAGCCUCUAGUUAAGCAAGAAAGUUUGUCUUUCCAAUUACCGCAGUUAGAAGUUCCUCAUGGUAGAGAUCCAUAUACCAUUAUUUUGGCUGCUUGGGCCAGUAUCAUUUACAGAUUGACUGGUGAUGACGACAUGGUGCUUUUGGUAAGAGGUGCCAAAGCUAUAAGAUUUACCAUUCAAGCUACUUGGUCGUUUACUGAAUUAUACGACGUCGUAUCUAAUGAAUUGGAAACGGUCAAAUCGUUGGAAUCGGUUAAUUUCGACGAACUAUCAGAACAUGUGAAGGCUCAAAAUGAGCUAGAAGUAUUACCACAAUUUUUCCGUCUCGGAUUCGUUGAUCAAGAAGAUUUCAGCUUAACCACUUAUCAAAACUCGUUGUUGGAUACCGUACUCACUUUGAACAGUUCAAACCAGUUGCAAAUUGUCUACAAUUCAUUGCUUUAUUCUAAGGAUAGAAUUACAAUCUUGGUCGAUCAGAUUACUCAAUUUGUAUCGCAUGUCUUAAAGGAUGAUACUACAUCUAUUACCAAGAUAACGUUAAUCACUGAAUUAUCCAAGUCUUCUAUUCCAGACCCAACCAAGAAUUUGGGUUGGUGUGAUUUCCGUGGUUGUAUCCACGAUAUUUUCCAAGACAACGCCGAGAAGUUCCCAGAAAGAACAUGUGUUGUUGAAACACCUGCCUCUGGCCAAAGCGAAUCUCGUUUGUUCACCUAUGAACAGAUAAAUUAUGAUUCGAACAUCAUUGCGCACUAUCUAAUAAACACUGGGAUUAAGAGAGGUGAUAUAGUCAUGAUUUACUCUUCUCGUGGUGUUGAUUUGAUGUGCUGUGUUAUGGGUGUCUUGAAAGCUGGUGCUACUUUCUCCGUCAUUGAUCCUGCUUAUCCACCUGCAAGACAAACAGUAUAUUUAGACGUGGCAAAGCCAAAGGGUUUGGUAGUCAUUAGAGCAGCUGGCGAAUUAGACCAGUUCGUGGAGGACUUUAUCGCCAAAGAAUUGGAGGUCGUCUCCCGUAUACCGUCUAUUGCAAUCCAGAAUGAUGGAUCCAUUGAAGGUGGUAAGCUACAAAACGAAGAGAACGAUUGUCUUGCCCCAUAUGAAGGUUUGAAGGAUAAAAGAACAGGUGUUGUAGUCGGACCUGACAGUAACCCAACUCUAUCAUUCACUUCUGGUUCUGAAGGUAUUCCAAAAGGUGUUCUAGGAAGACAUUUUUCACUAGCGUACUACUUUGAUUGGAUGGCAAAGGAAUUCAGUCUAUCAGAAAAUGAUAAAUUCACUAUGCUCAGUGGUAUAGCUCAUGACCCAAUUCAAAGAGAUAUGUUCACCCCACUGUUCUUAGGUGCUCAGUUGCUUGUUCCAACUCAAGAUGAUAUCGGAACACCAGGUCAAUUAGCUUCAUGGAUGGCCAAAUAUGGGGCUACCGUCACACAUUUGACUCCUGCUAUGGGUCAGCUAUUGGCUGCUCAAGCAACCACACCAUUCCCAAAGUUGCAUCAUGCUUUCUUCGUUGGUGAUAUCUUGACUAAGAGAGACUGCUUGAGACUCCAAACUUUAGCCGAAAACGUUAAUAUUAUUAACAUGUAUGGUACCACUGAAACACAACGUGCAGUCUCUUACUUCACUGUCAAAUCAAGGUCUGAGGAUCCACAGUUCCUACAAAAGUUGAAGGAUGUCAUACCUGCCGGCAAAGGUAUGUAUAAUGUGCAACUUCUUGUUGUCAACAGACAUGAUAGAACUCAAAUUUGUGGGGUAGGAGAAGUUGGUGAAAUAUAUGUACGUGCUGGAGGCUUAGCUGCCGAAUACCGUGGUUUACCAGAGGCAAACAAAGAGAAAUUUAUCAACAACUGGUUCGUGGAAGAGGGCCAUUGGAAAUCCUUAGAUAAGGAUAAUGGUGAACCUUGGAGGGAAUUCUGGCUUGGGCCAAGAGAUAGAUUAUACAGAACUGGUGAUUUGGGCCGUUACUUACCAGAUGGCAAUGCUGAAUGUUGUGGCCGUGCUGAUGAUCAAGUUAAGAUUAGAGGUUUCAGAAUUGAAUUAGGGGAAAUCGACACCCAUAUCUCCCAGUAUCCUCUUGUCCGUGAAAACAUCACAUUAGUUCGUAACAACGGCGAUGGCGAAAAGACUUUGAUUACAUUCAUGGUGCCAAGAUUUGAUAAACCAGAAGAGCUAUCAAAACUAUCAUCGGAAGUUCCAGAAAUAGUAUCUAAGGAUCCAGUUGUCCGCGGUUUGAUUGGUUAUCGUCAUUUAGUUAAGGAAAUUAAGGAAUUUUUGAAAAAGAGAUUAGCAAACUAUGCCAUUCCAACAGUGAUUGUUGUAUUAGAUAAACUACCAUUGAAUCCAAAUGGUAAGGUUGACAAACCCAAGUUACAAUUCCCAACUGCUAAACAACUAAAUCUCGUUGCGGAAAAUUCUUCUGUCGAGAUAGACGACUCAGAGUUCACUGAAACUGAAAGGGAGGUUAGAGACCUUUGGUUAGGUGUCUUACCUUCCAGACCCGCCACAAUUUCUCCAGAAGACUCUUUCUUUGACCUUGGCGGUCACUCUAUUCUUGCUACCAGAAUGAUUUUCGGAUUGAGAAGCACAUUGGAAGUCGAGCUUCCUCUAGGAACAAUCUUCAAAUAUCCAACUAUCAGAGCCUUUGCGGGAGAAGUUGACAGAGUGAAGAAUUCAUCAUCUUCAGAAGGUGACGAGAUCAAAACAGCAGAUUACGCCAAUGACGCAAAGAAGCUUGUUGAUUCAAUGCUACCAACCGAAUAUCCAUCUCGUGAAGCUUUCGCUGAUCCUGAAUCUUUAUCGGCUAAGAAAAAUAUAAACGUAUUUGUAACAGGUGUUACUGGAUUCUUGGGAUCCUACAUCCUAGCAGACCUCCUCAAUCGCCCGACCUCUUCCUACAAUAUUAAGGUUUUUGCCCAUGUCAGAGCUAAAACUGAGGCUGCUGGUUUUAACAGGUUAAAACAAGCUGGUAUAACUUAUGGUACUUGGUCAGAUUCUUUCAUAAAUAGAAUUGAGGUUGUGUUAGGUGACCUUUCUAAGGAGAAGUUCGGUUUGCCAGAAGGCACUUGGAGCAACUUGGUCAACGAAAUUGACGUUAUCAUUCACAACGGUGCCUUGGUUCAUUGGGUAUAUCCGUACUCAAAGCUCAGAGACCCUAAUGUUGUUGCAACUGUCAAUGUUAUGUCUCUUGCCGCUUCAGGUAAGGCCAAAUACUUUACGUUUGUUUCCUCUACUUCCACAAUUGAUACCGAACAUUACUUUUCAUUAUCUGAUAAGUUAGUGUCGGAGGGAAAGUCUGGUAUCCUAGAAGCUGACGACUUAUCAGGAUCUGCUGUCGGGUUAACUAGUGGAUAUGGUCAAUCUAAAUGGGCCGCCGAAUAUAUCAUAAGAAGAGCGGGGGAGCGUGGUCUUCGCGGCUGCAUUGUUAGACCAGGUUAUGUUACCGGUGCCUCAUCCAAUGGGUCGUCCAAUACUGAUGAUUUCUUGUUAAGAUUCUUAAAGGGGGUGGUACAGUUGGGUCAAAUCCCUAACAUCAGCAACACAGUUAAUAUGGUACCUGUUGAUCAUGUAGCACGUGUUGUAACAGCCAGUGCUUUCAAUCCUCCUAACGAACAUGAGCUAGCUGUUGCACAUGUAACGGGCCAUCCGCGUAUCCUAUUCAAAGAUUAUCUAUACCAAUUGAAGAAGUAUGGCUACAACGUUGAAAUUCAAGAAUAUGCAGACUGGAAGUUAUCUCUUGAACAUUCUGUAAUCGCAAGAGGUGAAGAUAAUGCCUUGUAUCCAUUGUUACAUAUGGUAUUGGAUGGCUUAGCGGAGAACACCAGGGCUCCUGAAUUAGAUGAUACAAAUGCGACUUCAUCCUUGCAAAAAGAUAAAAAAUGGACAGGUGUUGACGUUUCUUCAGGGAAAGGAGCUACCCCAGAACAAAUCGGUAUUUAUAUUGCCUUUUUGAAUAAGGUAGGCUUUUUGCCUCCUCCACCAACGACUGGUGAAUUGAAUUUACCUCAAAUAUCAUUGUCUGAAGAGCAAAUCAAGCUAGUUUCUUCAGGAGCUGGUGCUCGUAGUAGUUCCGCUGCUGCUUGA